ACAGAUGGUCUACAUUUUAGAAAGCAUGAAUGUAACUUUUGUUACAUGUGGACAUGUUUGUGGACCUUUCAAAGAAAUUCAGUAUUUAAAUAACUUACCAAACUUUUCUGGCCAAGGGGACUGGAAAAAGUUUACUGAAGUGACAAGAUUCAAGGUAAUUAAAUACUAAUCAAAGUAGAACCAACUAUAUCCAAAUUAACUUCUGUAUUUAAUGCAAUUUCCAUUAAGAUUCCAAGAGGACUGGGGAGGAGCCUAUUGAGAAGUUCAUUUUAAAAUUCAAUGGAAAAAGCAAAUGCCCAAGAAUGGCUGAGAAAAUUGUGGAAAAACAAAAAUAAUGAGAGGAGGCUUGACCGACCACAGAAGAAAAACAUACUAUGGAACCACUAAAAUUAAACACACUGAAAUUAAACCACACUAAGAAAAAAACUGAAAUUAAAAGAUGGAUUGCUUGUCUCUGGGCAAAGAGGUUAUGGAACAGAACAAAGCAUUCAGAAACAGGUUUGUGUGUAUAUAUAAUAAGAUUUAACAGGGACAAAAGUGGGAAUGUCAAUCAGUAGGAAAAGGAUUAACUUCGUAAUAAAUGGGGCCUACACUGUAAUAAAUGAACAUGGAAAAUAAGAGAAAUUUUUACCUCAUAUCAAAACACAAAAAAUUCUAGACCAAGCAUACUUACAUGUAUGCAAUCUGUCCCAUCAAAAUACAAUUUUUAAUUAGUUUUUUUAAAAAGUACACCUAGUUGGAGUAGUUUUUGCAAGUACUAAACAGAAUUAUUUCUAUUAUCUUAGAGUGGGGGAGACCUUUCUAAUUAGAAAGGAAAAGACAGAUUCAAUGAAAUAAAUACUAAAAUUUUCCUUACAAGUGAGGAGAACAAGAUCCCCACUGCCAAAGGAUUAAUAGUAAUAAGGUACAGACUGCCUCAAUAUAAAUCAAUCUAGUUGAAAGAUGUGAGCAGGCAAUUCACAGAAGAAAUGCAAAAUGGCUGGUAAUGAAAAACUGUAUGAUUUCAUCAGUAACCAAGAAACAAAAAUGAAAAUAAGAGUUUUUUGUUGCUGACAAUAUUGAGAAAAAAAAAAAGAACUAAGAUAAGGGAUGUCUGGGUGGCUCAGAGGCUGAGCGUCUGCCUUUGGUUCAGGGCAUGAUCCCAGAGUUCCAGGAUCAAGUUCCACAUCAGACUCCCCUACAAGGAGCCUGCUUCUCCCUCUGCCUAUGUCUCUGCCUCUGUCUCUCAGGAAUAAAUAAAUAAAAAACAAAAACUAUGGAUAAUAUUCAGUAAUCCUAUUUUUUGACUCCAUAUUUUCACUCCUAGAAAUAUGGUCUGCAGAAACAAUCCCAGAAGUAUACAGAAGUGGCCUGUAUACAUCUUCUAUGUAAGUAGUUGCAAGUCUAUCAUGCUUAAGCCCUGAAAGGCUUAGGUUAAAUCUAUUAUUACAUUGAACCUGAGGAGUUGAUGUUCAAUUUGAUACCAAAGGCCACAGAUUUAAGUAAAGUCAUGGAUGAAAAUAAUUUUAGGCGCUCGCCCCUCCCGUCCUCUUUCCGCAAUCUCUCCGAGCCGCCACGAUGGUGCGCAUGAACAUCCUGGCAGAUGCUCUCAAGAGCAUCAACAACGCUGAAAAGAGAGGCAAGCGCCAGGUUCUUAUCAGGCCAUGCUCCAAAGUCAUCAUCCGAUUUCUCACUGUGAUGAUGAAGCAUGGUUACAUUGGCGAAUUUGAAAUCAUCGAUGAUCAUAGAGCUGGGAAAAUUGUUGUGAACCUCACAGGCAGGUUAAACAAGUGUGGAGUGAUCAGUCCCAGAUUUGAUGUACAACUGAAAGAUCUAGAAAAAUGACAGAAUAACCUGCUCCCAUCCCGCCAGUUUGGCUUCAUUGUACUGACAACCUCCCCUGGCAUCAUGGACCAUGAAGAAGCAAGACAAAAACACACAGGAUGGAAAAUCCUGGGAUUCUUUUUCUAGGGAUGUAAUUCAUACGUGCAAAUAAAAUGCGUCAAUGGAAAAAAAAAAGAAAAUAAUUUUAAUAACAAAAAAAAAUUUUUUUUAAAGUAUGCUUCAUGCCCAGCAUGGAGCCUGACACGGGGCUUGAACUCACAACCCUGAGAUCAAGACCUGAGUUGAGAUCACGAGUUGGAUGCUUAACUGACUGAGCCACCCAGUGCCCCAAUUUUAUUAAAACUUAUUCAUAGUGUAUUACUAUAGUCUAUGCAUCAGGAAAGCCUGUGGGGCACCUGGGUGGUUCAGUUGGUUAAGUGUCUGAUUCUUAAUCUCAGCUCAGGUCAGGAUCUCAGGGUUGUGGGAUCAAGUCCUGCAUCAGGAUCCUUACUCGGUGGGGUAUCUGCUUGGGAUUCUCUUUCCCUCUGCCCCCAUCCUCGUAUGCAUGCACACACACUCUCUAAAGGAAAAAAAUCUUAAAAAAAAAAAAAGUUUGACUGUAAUCUCUAUCUUUCUGAAUUUCCCAAUUCAUAAUGAGAAACAAUUCCAAGGGCAGCCCGGGUGGCUCAGCGGUUUGGCGCUGCCUUCGGCUCAGGGCCUGAUCCUGGAGACCCAGGAUCGAGUCCCGCGUCGGGCUCCCUGUGUGGAGCCUGCUUCUCCCUCUGCCUGUGUCUCCACCUCUCUCUGUAGCUGUGUGUCUCUCAUGAAUAAAUAAAUAAAAUCUUAAAAAAAAAAAAA